GUUUUUCGAUUGAUCAGAUUAUGAGGUUAUAUGGUGGAGACCAGGGGUGGACUUACCAUUUGGAAACUCGGGCUCUGCCCGAGGGCCCGGGAUCAGUAGGGGGCCCCAUGAGAGGCCCCUGGUACCUUUUUCAUAGGCUUUUUUUGAGUUUGGGCAAGGACACAGGGGCCCCAUGAUCCCCUAUUGUCUGGGGACCCCAUGAGUUGUCAGUCCGCCCCUGGUGGAGACCAUUCUAUCAGUAACCUAUGAUCAGAGGAUAUGAUUGCAUCUAAGUGCCCGGGUCAGUAGGGGGCCCCAUGAGAUGCCCCUGGUACCUUUUUCAUAGGCUUUUUUGAGUUUGGGCAAGGACACAGGGGCCCCAUGAUCCCCUAUUCCCCGGGGGCCCCAU